AUGUCUCUCGACUAUCCCUAUUAUCAGCCGAUGACGCCUCCUCGACUGCAGUUGGUGGAGCCCAUUGGAGCUUCUCACAACCGCAACGCGUCCGAUUCGUCCAUCUACUCCAAUGACUCCUCGCCAUGGUCUGCAAUGACUGCCGGAACCAGUCCACGGGACGACUCUCCUCCUAGACAUCAGCAUGGCCCCGCUCUACUUCCAAAGAUCAGAUCGCAGGACGUUGUGAUUGAGCCUGCGCCGGCUCCCGGACCCCAGCGCCAACGGCGCGUUCUAUCCAAUACACGAAACCCACCGGGUUUCUUGCCAUACCCUCCCAGGCGUCGCGAGAUCAUCCAGCGCAAUGUCAUCGAGAUGGCGGAUUGCCUACCAUUGGUGUCGCCAGCCUCAACCUCGCCCAUGUACGGCUCUCACAAUGGCUCUGCGCUGGCAUCUCCUGUGAGCAUCACGCCCUCGCACAAGCGCAAAAUCUCUGGCGGACACUCUCGGUCUGGCUCAGUGUCCAGCAUUGAUGAAGCCACUCUGUCUCGUUAUGGCUACCCGACCUAUAGACACCUUCCAAAGUACACUUCUCCAUCUGCGCCUGUGACCCCCGUGACUCCAAACAUUGUAGUCUAUCCGUCCUACCCCGAGUCCCCCCCUAUUGACAGGUCUCGGUCGCCGGUUCACCAUCAGAGCCAUGCGGCGCUGGUGCUUCCGAAUUCGCCGUACGGCUACGCUCAGGUCCCGAGCGCGCAGCCAUCGCCGGUCAGGGUGGCCCAUCACGCAGAGGGAGUGGCCGUUCAAUCCACGACUUUACUUUCCUACCUGACCUCUUCGGUGCAGGCGAUUAACCUUGUUCGUCACGUCAGCGUGGUGCCUACUCGCGGUAUGCACGAUUACUUCUGGUGGGACAUCAGGAAUUUGCGUAGCUGGACGUCGUUCACGCUGCCCACAUUCAAUUCGAUCAAUGGUCUUACCAAGCUCUUGAAAACCGCAAUCCCCUCGCAUCUGACUCCGCCAGUCGUAGUGCCAGGCUCUCGGCUUGCUCCAGAGUCUGAAUCUGCAUUAGUCAGUCUUGUUCGAGACAUGUAUGCGCCACGGGUCAAUGCGGCGCUGGCAGUGUCCCAGGGACCGGAGCAUCUGAAGCUCUACACUGCACCCAACGCCCGCGCCUCGAACAGCAAGAACACCGGGGGACCACAUUUCCUGGCCAACUAUGCGUCCGACACCGAGAAAACUAGCUCAGGUAUGCCCCGUGGCCGGCUAGUGGGCAUUGUCAAGAGCUUCGAUCGCUGGAACACGGGCAUGCGCCUUGAAGCGCCCCAUCGCCGGGUGGAAUACCUCAACGGACUGGCUCAUCUGCAGCGCUGCAUGCGGGAGCAUUCAUGCCGGUACGGCUUCAUCAUCACUGAGAUCGAGCUUGUCUGCGUGAGAGCAGGAUGCGAUGAAGGCGACGAUGUACCGUACUUUGGUUUCCUAGAGGUCUCCGCACCCAUUCCCACCAACAUAGCCGCGGAUGUCGAACAACUCGGACUACGGCCGGGUUCCUUCACCCAACCACAUUCCCCGGCACCGUCCCAUGACCGUCUCUCACCCGCGUCGGACUCUGACUCUCUGCACUUGACAGAUGGUCUCAACGUACCGAUGACGGCCAGCCUGGCUCUGUACUUUCUGCUCAUGCUGUCCAAAUCGGUGCCCCUGCCGUCUCAGCCCUCUGCUCACCUCAACGUGGGUGGACCCGGUGCACUGACCCGGCAGCGCAUCCUGCCGGAGGGAAAGGACAAAUGGAUUCCCGAGCCACAGAUUGGCGAGCGGCGGGACGCAAAGCGAGUUCGGGGCUGGGUGUGGCCGCAAGACGCCUGGCAUCGGCGCGAGGGAGGAGGCGUACCCCGACACCGAGCCAAUUCAACGGGGGAGAAGCAGAAGAAAUGGCACAAGUGA